CCCGGGGCAGGGCGGGCAGCUGCCGAGGUCGUACCCGCGGGGAGGUCCCCGCGCCCCGAGGGCAGAGCCCAGCAGCGAGGCGGGGCCGGGGCCGCCCUCCCGGCAGCGGCGGCGGAAUGCGGCUGCCGGAGCUGUGCCUGGCGCUCCUCUACGCCGCCGGCACCGGCACCGGAGCACCGCGGGCAGCCCGGGAGCGGCCGCUGGCCCCGGGGGCGGCCCGCGUGGACCCCCGGCAGGCGUGGAUGCUGCUGGCCGGGAGCCCCGGGAGGGAGAGCGGCGAUCGGGGCCGCGCCGGGACCGGGGCUCACGCGGCACCAGCGAGCGCCGGCUCUCCGGGAAAACCAAGCUCGGGUGGCCCGGCCUCCCCCACGAUGCCGGAGGAGCUGCUGAGAGAGCUGCAGCUCCUGCUCAGAGGCGUGGCAAAGAUGCGCAGGACAGCUGGGCAAGGAUGUAAGGAGGAGGAGAGCAGCAAAGGCAACCCCGAGGCUGGGACCCGGCAUCGUGUGGAAGCAGCCUUCCAUUGCCAAACGUGUGAAGACAUUGCUGUGGAGCAGAAGAUGUGGCAGGAGCUGGGCUUGUUCUACAUUCCUGAGAGGGAGGGGCUGUUCCACCGUGGCCCUGGGCUGAACCUGACGAGCGGGCAGUACACAGCCCCCAUUGCAGGAUACUACGCCUUCACCACCACGCUGCACAUUGGUGAGCCCUCAGCCAGCCCCAGGGUCCUGCCGGGGCGGCCUGGGAUGGCUCUCAUGCCCCUGCUCUGUCACAGCGCGCAGGGAGCCGCGGAGGAAGGGGCAGGGAUGGCGACAGAGCCGCCUGCGGGUGCUGAUCUGCGUGCAGUCCCGCUGCCAGCACAACAGGUAUGGCAGGGCCAGGGACCCUGGGAGGGGGAAGGAGUCCAGCAUCCCCGGGAAAGGAAGGGCCUGCUCCCCCCACCACUACCCUCCCUCUUCCGCAGCCAUUUGGAGACUGUAUCUCGGCUGGAGAGCAGCAGUGACCUUUUCACCAUCUCUGUCACAGGCACCCUGUACCUGCAGGUUAGUGCUGCCAGCUCCACUGGUGACAGUACUGGGCAGGAAGGUGCCCAGGGCCGGGCAUCAGGUCUCUUCUCAGGUGACCUCCAAGCCCCAAGACAGUGAGGGCGGAGCUCUGCUAGAGCACUAGAGCAGACUGUGGCUGGGCUGCCCUAAAGGCCUUGUGCUGCUCUUCUCCCAGAAGGAAGGGUAGGGGCAGCUCCUCCAGCUCUUGGUUGCUGUGUGCAGGGGAGAGCUCUCGCCUUGGCUCUGCCAGGCCAUGCUCGGUGCCCAGGGGAGGUGUCCUGGCCCUGCUAAUCCCUCUCUCCCUGCAGGUUGGGCAGUAUGCCUCUGUUUUUGUGGACAACACGGCAGGCUCUCCCCUCACAGUUCGAAGUGGCUCGGAUUUCAGUGCUGUUCUGCUGGGAGUGUGAAGAGGUACCAUGCUGAACCUGUGCCAGGAGCAGCCAGACCCUUCCCUCUGCCAGCCAGCAUCGUGUCUCCCCUGCUCAGCACCAAGCCUAAGGAAGACAUUUGCUCAUGCAAGAACUGCAGUUUGGUCUGAUACUGCUCAUGCUGCAGAACCAGCUGAAGAUGGACAAAAGAUCAUGAAGAAGACGAUGAUGAUGAUAAUGAUAAUAAUAAUAAUAAAGCAGCCUGACCAGGA